AUGGACUCGGCCAUGGAAAGAGGGGCGAGGAAGGUCGUCAUGGAGAUAGAGGCGGCCUGGAGGAAGAACGAGGACAUCAAACCCAUACCGAUAAGGGAAGGACGUAGCUUCGGACUUGCCCCAUCAGCCCGAAGGAACCUCUCGAGGCGUGCCCGUGACUCCAGGUCAUUGGGAAACGUCCGGAAUUCCCUGGAUCAACCUGCAGUUGCCCGACCCUCAUUACGAUCCGACAACCUUUCCCCUGUAUGCGGCAGUCGGAGGCGCUUUGGUAGAUCCGGCCGUCGACAGGAGCCGAGGACGGCUGUUGGGUCUCGAGAGUCAGUUGGACGAGGCCUUGGAAACAUACAGGGAUUGGAGCUACACGAGGCACGCAGGGCCGUAAUAGAGGCGAAGGCCGAAAACGACCGGCUAGAUAAGUUAUGGAGGGAAACGGAGGCUUACUGGGAAGACCAUUUGAAGAACUCUAUACAGUUGGAGAUAUUGGCCGAGAAUCGCCUCCGGACAUUCGAGGCCAAAAUCCGAAAGAAAAAGGACGAAGGCUUAUCCGAACCAGACCCAGAGGAUUUUAUUCCCCGCAAUUAUUUCGAGAGCGUCUUGGUACAUCUCCGAAAGGUCUAUGCCUUGGUCGCCGUUAAGUGGGACCGGUCUUCCGACAAGAUUGAGGCUCUUCGGGCGUAUGCUGGUCAACUUCAGGCGGCUUUGGAAAGCGCGAUAUCUUUUAUUGUAGAGAUGGGGAAGGAGUACGAUUUUGAGGCAUUGUGGCCUGAGCCCUGUCCGGCCAUGCGAGAUGACCCCACUUCUCCAACUCGCGAAGCCGAACGCAUGAUAUAUGAGAACGACGCUCUAUUUCACGAGUUAGGUCGAGGGUCUUACUAG